GGUCAGCGCCGUGUAAAUAAUAGUGAAAAAAAAGAACAGUAUACUUUAACCCUCAGUGUCCGCUGUAUGUUAUGUAACUACUCAAUGUGUAAGCUAUCUGUAUGUGUUAUGAUUGUUGUUUGGCGUUGAACGAGUCAAAACAUAUUCCGCCAUUCAAAAUGAUAUGGCGAGUCUAAUGACAAAUUUGUUUUUUCUGUACGGGAUUUAUGUUCUUCUAAUUAUCGGUCAGACCGCAUUGAGCUCACAGAAAUAUCGGCACUGUUACGCGCGGCAUCACAAACGAUCCGCCAACCCGACAUUCAGGUACCGGCCGCACGUGUCGGAGUGCGCAUCGCCGUCCUCUACCGUGGCCUCCUCCAACGACGACGGCUGCGAAGAAUCGCGACGGCAGUCAACCGAACAACGACCGGUGCAGCGGCGGUUACCGGCAUCGCAGAUACCACCAACCACGACGCCACCUCUAACACUACCAUCAUCGACGCCACCUCUAACGCUGCCAUCAUCGACAACACCUCUAACGCUGCCAUCGUCGACGCCACCUCUAACGCUGCCAUCAUCGACGCCACCUCCGCCACCUACUUCACCACCACCUCAACCACCGGCGCGCACCAACAGCUGGCCGCCGGGCCACGGACUACACAAACACCUGUUGCUGGUCACCGGGCAGGUGUACCAGGAGUUCAUAAGCGAGUGUUCUGUAGCGGAACAGGCGCGUGACCUCCACGAACUCAGCUCGAAGCUCGAGCGACGGCCCGGGCUGUUCGGCGUCGGCGACUUCGUGCUGGUCCAGGUUGGUACGGGCUGGCGGCUCAACGUCCAGCUGCUCGACGUGCUGGUCGACAGGCUGGGCAAUGUGUCAAUGUACGCGGACAAGAAGUACUACAGCAAAACGAUGACCAAACACUGCCGAAACAUCGGCGACCGGUGCACGCUGCUCGCCAACCUGGUGCCCGUCAUCGAACAGCUGGAGCUGCGCCAGGAAUUUCUCAUCGGCGGUGGCGGUGGUGGCGGCAUGUACGACCCCGACUGGAUUCCGGUACCCGCUGUGCCGCCCCUGCCCCGCAACUUCACAGGCGACACCGAGAAGCAAAUCGAAUACCUGACGUGGCGGCUGUGCGUCCGGGACAGGCGACAAAAUUUCUACUACAAACUCGACCAGGACUCGCUGCGGUCCCCCUUGAGUGAUCAAAGUGACAUCGCUGAGAGUGACAAUGUCGUCUUCGAAACCAGCUUGUCACUCACCGACAUUUUACCGAUCAAUCCAAAAAACUACGACAAAAACCGUGCGCCAAAAGUACAAGGGCAACCGACUAUUGUUUACUUCCACGUCACCGUGCUGUCUUUGGAUUCCAUUAACGAAGAAUCCAUGACGUACGUGGCGGACAUAUUCUUGGCGCAAAGCUGGAGGGACCAGAGACUCCGGCUCCCGGAAAACAUGAGCGAAGACUACCGCAUACUGGAUGUCGAAUGGUUGCACGACAUAUGGCGACCCGAUUGUUUCUUCAAAAACGCGAAAAAAGUGACGUUUCACGAGAUGAGCAUACCCAACCAUUACUUGUGGCUGUACCACGACAAGACGCUGCUGUACAUGUCAAAAUUGACGUUGGUAUUAUCGUGUGCGAUGAAAUUUGAAUCGUAUCCACAUGACACACAAAUAUGUUCAAUGAUGAUCGAAAGCCUGUCUCACACAACUCACGAUUUGGUUUUUAUAUGGAAUAUGACAGAUCCAUUAGUGGUAAAUCCAGAUAUCGAAUUACCUCAACUCGAUAUAUCAAACAAUAUAACUACCGAUUGCACAAUAGAAUACUCAACAGGGAAUUUCACAUGUUUGGCCGUGAUGUUCAAUUUACGAAGACGCUUAGGGUAUCAUUUAUUCCACACGUACAUCCCAUCGGCGCUCAUCGUUGUCAUGUCAUGGAUUUCGUUUUGGAUAAAACCCGAGGCCAUACCAGCUAGAGUGACGUUGGGCGUGACUUCGCUAUUGACGCUCGCCACUCAAAACACUCAGUCACAACAGUCCCUGCCACCUGUAUCCUAUGUGAAAGCCAUCGACAUAUGGAUGUCUUCGUGUUCGAUUUUCGUUUUUCUAUCCUUAAUGGAAUUCGCCGUCGUCAAUAACUACAUGGGACCGGUGGCGACCAAAGUGAUGAAAGGAUACUCAGAAGAAGACAUCCGAGGAGGCGACGAUUUCAAGGAACUGGACCCGAAAAACCGAAGUCCAAUCAGAAGUGUGGCCACCGUAGCCGCGGCACCUCAGUACCCGACUUUCUGCAACGGCCGCGCAAUCGCACUUUACAUCGACAAGUUCUCACGGUUCUUUUUCCCGUUUUCGUUUUUUAUCCUCAACGUCGCCUAUUGGACAUCGUUUUUGUAAGUAAGGUGCCUAGCCUACGGAUUUUUGCCUUGUCCGGCUUAAUAUGACGUAUAAUACUCGUCACACGACACAUUCUUGUUAAACGACGUCUGCAUACAUCAUCACUCAUGUGCAUUAUUGUCACCGUCAAUAUACCUAACGACGAUGCAAAAUGUGUACAUUUCACUAUUACUGUUACUUCUCGUACGUGUCUUUAAAACCUAUAAUAGAUAUUACAUUAUAUACAUAUAGACGCAAUAGAAAUGACGCGAAAUUGACAUUUUUUAGAGGCAACCUAGUUUAAUAUUCGGUUUCUAUCCAUCUGAAAACCCUGAUAAAUGCAUUAUUAAUUUACUGCCAUAUUUUUUAAUUAAGUACGAGUAUAAUUACUAAAUUACUAGUUAACACUAAAUUAGCCCCCAUCCCACCCAGCUAUCGACCCUUACAAAACUCGGAGUCUACUUUCGGCCCCUUCGCCACGACUCUAUUAAAUAGGUGGACCUUCCCCUACCUACCUAAAACUAUGCUCUACUAAUGAAAUGAAAUUUUUAUUUUUUUUUUAGUAAAACAUAUCAAUAUUAUAUUAAGUUGCUGUAAUAAUAUAUUAUUGUGUAAUUGAUUGAUAUAUUAUCAUUUGCCUAUACCUAUAUUAUAUACGUUUGUUAAAUGAUUUAUAAUUUUGUGUGAUUGAGUUUUAGGUAUAUAUAUAUUAUAUAGCCGUAUAGGAAAGCGUGCGUUUUUAAGUUAAAUAAUAUUAUUUUCCAUUGAUAUUGAUGAGUACAAAUCGAUAUACAGUAUAGGUUAAUCGUUUAUAACGGCAUUGAAAAGCCCGGAUAUAAUGUGCUCGAUUUAUCUGAGAAAUCGUAGGUAACAUCAACUAAUAAUUCAUACAAACAUAGAUAGAGCUCGGAAGUUAUAAAAUAUAUUAAAAUCGACAAAAUACGUAGAUGAAAAAUCUUGAAUACCUAACCAAAAAAAUUAUUUAAAACAUGUUAAUUAUUAAUAGGUACCUAUUAUUAAUAAUACCUCUGUAUCAGUAUUAAAUUAUAUAGAAAAUAACAACUAUACAUAAUAAUAUGUAAGUAUUAAAGAAAUAUGGUGGAAAACUGAUUGGACAAAAUGAAUAAUACGAGCAUAAUAGUACCAGAAUACCAGGUAAUCCAUUAAAACACUCAUCAGUCAUCAUUAUUUCAGAAAACAUUAACGUUUUUAAAAAUUUUAGUUUUACAUAAUUUUAAGUCGUUACAAUAGAUGUUAUUAUUUUUUAUUGUUGUAAUUUUUUAAGUUCAUAACUCAUUAAAAUCACAUCAUUCUUUUUUAAUUUUAUAUUCCUAAGCAGAAUAUUAUUUGGAGUAUUUUGAUCUAUAAAAAUCAAAUUUCAGAAAAGUAGUUUAUUAGUUAAGUGUUUAAAGCUUAGAUGAGCAGAGUAUUGGACCACUUGGGGUAUCAUUAGUACUUUAAAUACUUAUAAAUCAUAAGCUAUUCAUCUAAAAUUUAAUUUGUAUGUAUUGAUGUACUACAUACCUACUCUGAAAAAUAUUCAGAUUUAGAAUAAGAAAUUGAAAAACGUUGUCAAUAAAACAAUAGUAAAGAAAAUAUUUUUCUUUUAGAAAAAUGUUCCUAUUUAACAACUUAUAAAAUAAAACAAAUAAUUUUGAUCAAUUUAAAAAAUGGAUUUCUACUGUGACCAUAAGAUUUCAUUGUGCUAACCAGUGUCGUAAUAAACGGUUUCUUUUUUAAAAUUGUUUUGUACUUUAAAAUGUACCUAUGGGCUAUAGUAAACGUGUGUUUACAAAACACUAUGGUAAACGAUUAUCAUUUCUAACUCAUCUUUACUCUAAUAUUUUUUAUUGUUAUGUAACUAGAAUAAUAUAAUAAUUAAUAAUAAUAUUAAUGUAUUCAUCAUUCUAUAUUAAGUAACUACUAUUUUAAUAAAGAACGUAUGGAUGAUUAAUAAUGUAGUGAAAGUAUAUUGUAACAUUUAUUAAUUAAAAUUGUGUACACAAAUGAAACAAUUAUUUAAUGAUAAUAAAUUUCUUACUUAAGUAAUAAAUCCAGUUUUUAAUAUUUAACUCCUCUGUGUAAGCAUAAUAUUAUAAAUACU